AGGAAGAAGAAGAAGAAGAAGAAGAAGAAGAAGUUGCUGUUGUGCUGUCAGAUUAAACAGAGCAAGAGCCAAAUGGCUAAAGUGGAGCUGACACCGUUCAGACCAUGGGACGACUUCUUCCCCGGAGCGGAAAGAUUCGCUAAACCAGACACGAAAGAUUUAGCGAAAUGGAACAACAGAGUUGUCAGCAACCUGCUUUAUUAUCAGACAAAUUAUUUGGCUAUGGCCAUCGUUGUUUUCCUCAUUGUCGGGUUCCUGAACCCCCUGGGGAUGUUCACAGCCAUGGCCGUGGUGUCGGGCGUCUUCAUGGGUUCAGUGUGGGCCGGAGAGAACAGAGCUGUGAUCAGCAACUUCAAGAAGCACAAUCCCACAGCGUUUGUGAUCGCCAUCAUGGUCGCCAGCUACGUUGUAAUCUCUAUGCUGGGGAGCGUCAUGGUGUUUAUGACUGCAAUCACUUUACCUCUGGCUUUGAUAUUUGCACAUGCUUCAUUUCGCCUCCGCAACAUGAAGAAUAAACUGGAGAACAAGAUCGAAGGAGCCGGACUGAAGAGGUCACCCAUGGGCAUCUUGCUGGAGGCUCUGGGUCAGCAAGAGGAAAACUUUCAAAAGAUCCAGAGCUUUCUGGAGGGAAAACUGAAGGAGUGAUUGGGCUUGGACAAGGAGCACACACCUCUGGCCAAAGAUCUUGAAUUUUUCUUUUGGAUGUAACACAAUUCUGUAGAUCUCAAUCUAGACCUCUUGGAGUUUGUUUCCUAUACAGUGUGUUUACCUGUGUGUGUUUUGAAAAGAAGGCCUGUAAUCUGAAGGGCUUAUCUUUACCUCAGGGUGUCUGUCAUUCCCAGAACUUGUCAGGGCACUUUUCUGACAAACACAUGGGGGCAUCUCAGCUCUGCCUCACAUCUCUGCUAUGCAAUGUGUCAGUGUUCCUGUGCAGCACAGCUGCAGACUCCUUCCUAGGUAUUACAUCUGUGUUUAAUCAGUCUCUGAAACAGCCGUUAUUCCUGCCAGUUUACACACGACUAAAAUUGUGAAAGUGUUGCUUUGUAACAAAGAAUUAAAAAAGUGCACACUCAA